UGUGAAAUGGAGAAAUACCUGGCACCUCAGCUCCCGCCCGUUCCUGUCAUCCCCGAACAUAAGAAAUACAGAAGAGACAGUGCCUCAGUUGUAGACCAGUUUUUCACUGACAGCGAAGGGUUGCCUUACAGCAUCAACAUGAACGUCUUCCUCCCCGACAUCAGCCACCUGAGAACUGGCCUGUACAAAUCUCAGCGACCCUGUGUAACCCACAUCAAGACAGAGCCGGUCACCAUCUUCAGUCACCAGAGCGAAACUACUCCCCCUGCCCCUGCCCCCACUCAGGCCCUCCCCGAAUUUACCAGCAUCUUCAGCUCCCACCAAACUCCCGAUGUGAACAACAUUUUCAUCAAGCAGGAGCUUCCUACGCCAGAUGUUCACCUUUCCGUCACGCCCCAGCAAGGCCAGUUGUAUCAGCUCUUGAGCUCACCGGAUUUAGAUAUGCCCAACACUACGACUCAGGCAGCCGUGAUGGACUCCCUUAACAAUGUGUCCGUGCCGUCAGCCAUGGCGGGCCUUAACACGCUCUCCUCGGCUGUUCCACAGACUGCGAUGAAACAGUUCCAGGGCAUCCCCCCCUGCCCCUACACCAUGCCAAACCAGUUUCUGCAGCAGCAGGCCACUUACUUCCCUCCUUCGCCCCCAAGCUCAGAGCCUGGAAGUCCAGACAGACAAGCAGAGAUGCUACAGAAUUUAACCCCUCCUCCAUCGUACGCCGCAACUAUAGCUUCCAAGCUGGCAAUUCACAAUCCGAAUUUACCAGCCACUCUGCCCAUAACCCCCCAGAACAUCCAACCAGUCAGAUACAACAGGAGAAGUAACCCAGAUUUGGAGAAGAGACGUAUCCACUACUGUGACUAUCCCGGCUGCACGAAAGUUUAUACAAAGUCUUCUCACUUAAAAGCGCACCUGAGAACUCACACCGGUGAGAAACCGUACAAGUGCACGUGGGAAGGCUGCGACUGGAGAUUCGCUCGCUCGGAUGAAUUAACGCGCCACUACAGGAAGCACACGGGGGCAAAGCCCUUCCAGUGUGCUGUCUGCAAUCGCAGCUUCUCCCGCUCCGAUCACCUGGCUCUCCACAUGAAGAGGCAUCAGAACUAAAAGCUGGACUUGUUGUUGAGGCUAUUUUGUACCUAUGCAAUUUCCUAUUGACUCUCGACAUACAACUAAAAUUAGUUUGAUUUUUGAGUAUGGGUUAUCCAUUUAAAAGAAAUCUCAAAAGAAACUGGAAAUGUACAUUUUGUAUAUUUAUGCAGAAAAAGGGAAGACACUGUAUCACGAUACCAGAGUGUUCGGUCGUUCGUUUGCUCUCAUGAUGUAUAUGGCUUUAGUCAGCAGGUUUCAUCUCCUUACAAGUAUUAUGUCUUGACACAUUGCAGCUUUAUACUUUUUUUUUUUUUCUCUUGCGGUGUUUCGACCAAAGCACUGUCAUUAUUGUGACUAUGUUUAGUAAAUGAGUUAAUGAGAGGCUGCAGAUGAAUGAACACAGUGGAAAAGCCAUGAAUCGUAACCUGUCAGGUUUGUACUGGACAUAUUUAGUACUUGUGGGUUUUUUUAAAUGUUAAGUCGCUGUGGAGAUAAAGUACAUAUAGAAAAAUUCAUAAACAGCCAUAGAACAAAACAUUUUGUUCUGUAUGUUGCAUGUUUGCUAUGACAAAGAUUUUGUAAAUAUGCAAAUCAGCUUUUUAGGUUUAAUACAAAAGUUUUCUAAGAAGCAUCUG